AUGGAUCUCAAUAUUAUGGAUAAGCUUCGUAUUCUCAAAAUCGAUACUGAAUUACGACCUCAAAUCAAAAUGAAGCCAAUGAGUCGAUACUACUUUACAACUUCUACGAAUCCUGGUGAACAGUUCUUUGUCUUUGCAUCGACAGCGGCGUGGCUUAUUCGGAAAACCGGUAAAGAAUUCGAUCAACCAAAUGAAGAAGAUGACCCAAAUUCUACAAUCACUUCUAUUCUUGACGUUUUAAGAGAAAGUGACAUCAGCAUAGACUUCUCCUCUCACAAAUUAAAACAAGGUUAUGGAGAUCAAGUGUGUUUUAUUUUGAAUAUUUUAGCUGAUCAAGCGUUGAAACAUGAAAAUUUCGAAUGGCAAAAACCAGUAACAAAUGUUCCCGACGAUGACGAAUCACCAGAAGACGUUGAUCAAAUCGAAGAUGAGACUGAGAUAAUUUUGGACAAAGUAGAGGAAGAAAUGGCUAUAUAUUCUGAGGAAUCAGAAGGAGAAUUCGCCGAGACAGAGGAAAAAGAGGUUAGUACAAAUAAAAUUCACGAUUUGGAAGCGUGGAAACUUGAAUUAGAAAGAGUAGCUCCAGCUUUGAGGCUCAAGAUAUUAGCAGAUGGGCGUGAUUGGCGCGCAAGGCAUGCACAAAUGCGAUCUUACAGAGAUGAACUAUUUGAUAGAUUCAAAACUACAGGUUCACAGCUUAAUAAAUUGCAUGGCAACAUAAGUUCUGUCAUGGAUAAAAUAACUGCAAGGGAAAAUAUUCUUAAUGAACAAUUUGAACCAUUAGUUCGAGAAUACGGACAGUUAUUGGAUGAAUUAAGUAAAGUGACAAAUGAAUAUAAAGAUGUAAGUGUAGGUGUAACAGAGAGACAAGAAAUAUUAAACGAGUUAACCAGCAAGGUAGAAAUGAUAAAGCAAAAGACUGAAUCUCGUGGUUCGUCCAUGAACGACAAUUCCCCUUUACUUACGGCUAAAAAAGCUGUAGAGACCCUCAAAAAAGAUAUUCAAGAGCUUGAUUUUCAAAUUAUCAUUCUACUUUGGCUUUUAAUAUCGAAAGAGAAUCCUAAGAGCAAUAACUAUUUAGCUACGGCUGACUCUAGAAUAGUUAGUACAGAAGCUUAC